AUGAGUAGUAGUGACUUUGGAGGACUAGGCAUUGUAUUAGAGGAGACAGAAGACCAAAGACGACAUACUAGUACCAGUAAUAGUCAAAGUACAUCCAUUACAGACUCGCAGCAACAACAGCAACAGCAACAGCAACAGCAACAGCAACAGCAUCCACUUGCCCAGCUGCUAUUACCAUCGGAUGAUGAGCUUGACCACUAUUUACACGACAGUAACAGUAUACAUCAUCACUCGCCACUAGGAACUGGUAUACAAUACACAUCACAACAGCAGCACCAACCAAGAUAUAGUGCUCUUUCAAGACAUUCUAGCACCGCAAGUCUAUCCAGCAUAUCUCAUCGAACAUCAUCUUCCCAGACUAUACCAGCAAAAGCCAACACCUCCAUUUUACAAUCACCACAGCCUACAUUGUCAAUAAAUACUUCAACAACACCAGGAACACCAGUGGUAAACACUCCUGUAAUUAAUGCUGGAAUCUUGCCACCACCUUCACCAGCACAACUACAAAAACUCAACCAACAGCAACUGCUGCAACAACAACUGCAACAACUGCAGCAGCACCAGGCACUGUCUAAUCAUUCAGACAGUACGGAAGUACUUUUACCACCAUUGCCUGAUGCAGUUGAAGAUUUGAAAUCUCCCUUGAGUACUACACAACAUACUAUAUCCACUACUGGUAAUGAAGAUUUACACUCAACAUCAUCAUUGCAAAUCUCUCAUGACAACAACAAUAGUAAAAACAAUGAUUAUUUUGAUGAAAAUGGCAAUUACGGUGAUAAUGACGACGACGGUGAAAAUGAUGAUGAUGAUGCUAGCACAAAUUACAGCAUCUAUUCCACCGAGUUUAGUAACAUUUACCGAAACUGUAAAAGCUCCUACUCCAAUUAUGCAUUGGACUCACCUACUUUCCUAAUAGACCAGCAACAGCUGGAACAGCAUCAGCAACAGCAUCAACAACUGCUGCCACUUAGUCAGCCCCCGCAAACAAUGCAAUAUUUCCCCACCUUACUGAAACUGUUUCAUCAUCCAUCAAACUCCAAUUUAAGUGAUUCAGCUGCUAUAUCAUCUUUGGGGGGCUUUACUGGAUCCAGCACGCAAUUGUCCACAUUCAACUCUAACAACAAAGCACCUCAUACUAUGUCAUCUUCAUCGACGCCAACUGAGAAAACCAGUCCUUUGAAACGAUUGAAAAACUUAAAGAAUGGGAUACGAAAAUUGUCAUUGGGAAGUAACUCAAGCAGCAACAACAACAACAACAGCAGCAGCAGCAACAAUAGUUACGAUCCCACUAUUUCUGUCUCUUCUGCAUCAACUCCAUCAAGUGUUAAACCCUCUAUGUUUUCUACUUUAAGCUCAAACACAGCAAACCCGUUCCCAGCAAGACCCAUAUUGAGCCCGUUGCAAACAAAUGAUAAAAAUAUACCAAUAACUGCAACAACUUCAAACACCACCAGAACAAUAACACCGCCGGUCAGUACCAAAUCAGUGUCCAACUCCAUUCCAGCAGUGGCAACAAAUAGUCUUACUGGACAAUUGAGCCAGUUUCAACAACCACAACAAAGACACACAAAACAUCAACACAAUAACUCAUCAUCGUCAACAUCAACUACAUCUUCAUUGACAUCAAUGUUGCGUGCCAAACGUUCUCGUGCUUAUAGUCAAGGCACAGCUAACGCAACAAAUUUCACACCAAUUACACCACCACCAAUGUUGACCUCACCAAUAAUCACUUUUAGUGAAAAUUUACAAUCUACAAAGGCAACUUUGAACAAUAUUGAACAAAAUUAUUUUGAUUGUUUAGCAGCAGCUCAAAAUCAGACUCACAAUCAGAAUCAAAAUCAAUGUCAAACCACACAAGGUCAGGGACAUGUGUCAUCUAGUAUUGCAUCUACGCCAGCAACUACUGCCAAGUCGACAAGAACAUCAUCGGCUGUAUCAAUGAGCAAAUAUGCGUCUUCAGUGGGACAAUCUUGCACCACCACAUCAACAAAUCAUCAACAACAACAACAACAACAACAACAACAACAGCAGCAGCAUCAGCAUGAUCCAUCCACACAAGUCAACUCCAUUGAAGAAAUGACCACUAUUGAAGAUUUGCUCCAAUACUCCAAUUUCCUUGCAAGUCAAAAACAAUCAAUUGAUGAUGUAUUCCAAAAGACUAAAGAAAAGAUGGGUGCUUCCGGAUGGUGUUCACAAUAUGAUUUACAUAAUUUGCAAUUGCAGCAAGAUAGUUCCCGAUGUCAGAUUGAUACUUUGAUUUUACGGAUUGAAGAACGUUUGAAUCGGGAUUUUGAUUAUUCAAUGUUGAAUAAUGAAAGCCAAUGA